CAGCCUCCAUCUUUCCCUCGUUUCCUCCUCCCGCUCCGGCAUCCCCCUCAAAUCACUUGAUUGCCGCUUUAUUUCACGGCUGUGGUCUCCUCUCUCGAUGACCCUGUCUUCCGCAAGGGCCAAGGCUUCCCAAAAUUCAGUCCACCCCUCUGCCCGCUAAACUUCCGAGGGACAUUGAGGCGAUGCAGACUAGAUCCGCGGCUUGCCCCCAUCUUCCGACCCGCCGACGCAACUUUGCCUGGAACCACCGCUGAACUGUAAGGCAAUGGCACAAGAUGUGCGCGACCCACGACUGCAGCCUCCGGAUGCCGGCCCUCUCUCCGAUGAACAGCUGUCGGAGCCACCUUCCGCUCCAGAGUGGAUGUCGGCGCUUCACAGCGACAACGAUUUUGGGCACCAUGACGCAGUAGAUCUCUCAGCUGGAAACUCGCGUUCGCCAGAGAGUACAGUAGUGGGGGAGAUUGAGAACAGCCCGGCAAUGGGGAGGAAACCGCGGACGCUACCAGGAUGGAUCCGGUCGGUCGAGUAUGCAGAUGACGAUGCAGAAGCUGCUGUUACAGAUAGCCUGCUCCCUAUGCAACCCGGGGAAGCCGUCCUCGCCCAGCAUAAUCACUCGCCCUAUGCGACAUCGAGGCCUACCCUUUCCAGCGGGCAGGGCGAAGGUAGUGGGCGCAAUAUCGGACGAGGACGUGAGUCGCGCUGGAAGAAUUUUUCCAGAGAUAUUGCAUAUCCUCGCGAACAAGGGGUGGAAGAGAAACUUGUCACGCCCGACUGGUUGGAUGAAAACGUUGGCGAUUAUUCUCAACCAUGGCGAGGUCAGCUUUCACCCGACGAUGACACCGAAGACCCCUUGAGGAUGAGACGGCGCCGAGAAAUCUGGUUCAAGCGCUUCCACAACACUCUUUUGAAGAGUCCGAUGGUCCCCUUGAUCUUUCGACUUACAGUCUGGUGCUUUUCCCUGACAGCGCUGGCUCUCGGAGGCUCAAUCCAACACCUCUCGGGGCAGUACAAGCACCCUCAGGGCCCCUCUGCGCUCAUGGCAAUCAUUGUCGACGCUGUCGCGCUGGUCUAUCUCAUCUACAUCACGUUUGACGAGUAUACGUCCAAACCACUUGGGCUUCGGUCUCCUUCCGCGAAAGCACGACUCAUUCUUUUGGAUAUCUUCUUCAUUGUGUUCGACUCGGCCAAUCUAAGUUUGGCGUUUGAAUCACUCUCCACCGUGAGAGGCGCAUGUACGAUGGCCGAGGUUAACCAAGAAGUUGCCCCUAAAAACGACGCAAUAUGCGACCGGCAGAUAGCCCUAGCUUGUGUGCUACUGAUCGCGCUGAUAGCCUGGCUUACCACCUUCUCGAUCAGCGUCCUCAGACUGGUCGAACGAGUUGCCUCAUGAACCGCUGCAAUUACCCCUGUCAUCCUUCCCCCCUUCCCUUCUUCAAUCUAUUUUCCCCCCCCCUGGGCUUUUUUUUCUUCGCCCCCUUCUUGCUAUUAUAAGAUCCAGAUUGCCUGUUCUGGUCUUCUUUUGCUUCUUGGCUUGCCCCCUUUUACCCUUUACGAUUUCUUGCCCUCCCUUUUUGGGCUGCCUGGCUCGGCACUAUAUCUUUGCUUAGUUUUCCUAGUUAUGGGCGUUCUAUACCUGUUGUGCCGGUCGACUGGAGUUUGAACUUUGGGUCGGAAACGGAAACUCUGGCUUUUUGGAAUUAACACGAUCGCUGUGCAUAUACGAUAAUCAUGUACAAAGGAGCAUUUAUGGUAAAGAAUGCACGGCCGCUACUACCCGAAUCAUCACGGGAUUUACCUAGACCUGCAGCACAGGCCCGUCUGUGCCAUACAAGGGAUCGCUGUGGAACCAACCCAGCUCCUGAAUGUUCCUGG